AUGGAGGACCUUUACACCGAGCUAUGGGGAAGGAAGGUGGAACUUGUGCAUGAUUUCGGGGUCAGGGUUCCACAACCCAAAGAAAACCUGGCUCCGGGAUAUGCGGUGAGUCUGAGCGAGGCAUUGGGAACAGGGCUUCCAGUGCUGCGGUUUGAGCAGAAUUUUCUGCAUUGCAAUUUUCAAGUGCUCAGGGUUGAGACACUGCUUCCUUGCGGCUGGAACAUGAUCUUGGUUCGUCCGGAGUUCAGAAAUCUGGAGCAUCUCUGCUCCCAAGUGUGGUGGGAAAAGUGGUCGGCAUGUCCGGGAUCAACUAAGUGGGGUGCGAAGCUUGAUAUUGCAAUAGUCGCCCAACCUGGGACAGGUGCAUUGUCUCUAAAUAUGUUAUUAUUUCACUAUGGUCUGACAAUUAUUUAGGAAAGUCCUAUUUUCUGUCGUACCUGUUAGCCCGUCGACUCGCUAUGGGAGAGCCUACAGUAUACCGUGAAGAUGACCAAAAGUGUUAUCUUUUUGAUGAAUAUACGGCCGGGAAAGAGGUCAAUGCGGAGUACCUAUUCCGACUGCCGGCAAGUGAAAAGGAGAGGCUGUGGAUUCUCACCGAUGACUCGAUUACCAAUCGAGGUUGGGAACGCCAGGGCAAUACUUGGUUUAUCGUAUUUAUUGCCCGACCAGCGCAAAUGGUACUUUCUGAGUCCUGGCGGAGUAAUCGCAAUGCGCGCAUCCGGUAUAUGACCAACUGGACUUGGGAAGAAGUUUUUGCCGCAUUCCAGUAAUAAUUCACAUUCAAGAGCGCAGAAGGCACCAGCUAAUUUGUGUUUAUUGUGCUAGUAUGGGUCAUGGAAAGCCCCCUUCUGCGAGUGAAGCUGAGAGGCUUUAUUCGAUAUUUGCCGGUUUUGGCCCCAUUGCCAGAACCUGCUUACAGGCAAUCUCUGUAAGCAGUGAGGCACACUUUUUACCCGACACCAAAGCCUAUCUGCGGGCGAUCCAGGAUGAUAUCAAUAAAUUCAUCCAAGAUGGGGGAUGUGAUGAAAUGGAUGAUCUGAAGUUGCAGGCAGCAUCUGCAAAAUUGACGAUCAUGCAACCGUUAGACGAGGGUUAUUCGGGGCGACUAGAGAUUGCAACCAAGUGGAUUGGUUUUUGCAUCUUUGAGCGGGCGCGGGAGGCCUCCCAACUAAACUUUUACCGCUUGUAUCAAAACUUGUCCCGGCAGCGACCACUUCGGACAGCAGCGGGCUGGAUCUUUGAAGGUUACUGUCAUGAUUGGUUCCGGAAAGGUGGCAAGUUUAUCGCUAGAGAAAUUGUGGGGAAGGAGGGGACCAUUGUCGAUUUCCAAUUUGAAUUGCUGGAAACCGAGUGCUUGUCGGAUCACUACUUUACCGAUGCCCAGGACCUGGACCGCCGGGUCCGUGCUUCAAGUGGCCGGGGUAUUCAGAGUGCUGUCCUUGGGAAAUAUUUUCUCCCCUGUGGGAGAAAUUUUGAGUCAAUUGACGGACUCACAUUUUUUCGAUCUGACACCUUGUUGCUCUUCCAAAUAACUAUUGCUACCACCCAUGAGAUUAAAGCUCAUGGUAUCAGAGUCCUGCUUCAGUCCCUACCACGCACGAUCAAAAUCAUCGUGCUGGUAUUUGUCAUUCCCAGUGACCGUGCCAAGGACUAUUUGAAGGUACAGAAGGUACCAAGUGCCUCGGAGUUGAUGGAAGGCGGUGGGGGCCUUGAAAUUAGGCAGUUCUCACUUAUUUUUUAUGAUAGUGCCAUGCGAGCCAUGAUGGUGGGGGGGGGGGUAGAACCUGUACGGACUUGGAAAGGGAGUCGGGGGGUUAGCUGUUGAUAUUGAUGUGGACACUCCCAUGAUGGGAAUUGGGUGAGAAGCCUAUUUAUUCAUACAGGGGCAGAUGGGGAAGGAGGCAGUGAGAUAG